UUACAUUCAAAACCAAGAUGGCGGGGCUCUUGCUGCAUGGAACAGGUCAUUCACAGCUGAACUAAAGACUGCACACCUUAUUUGCACAAUGGAUUGUUUACUAUGACACCACCGACGACGGGGAUAUCAAACAAACAAGAAUCAUGCAGGUAUCGGUAAGGCGGGCACUGCAUCUCCAGGGCAUCGCCCGGUCUGGCCAAUUCAAAAAUGCGCUCCUGAAUUUAGUGCCCCGCCAGCUGACCCCCAGCAGCCGCACCUUGUUCAGUGAGACUGGCGUGUGGGAGAAGGACUAUCGUGUGGAGACCCGGCGCAGAGUGGAGGAAUGGUGGCACCCGCGGAUUAUGGCACAGUGGGCCAAGGACACCCAGGAGGAAAGUCAAAACCGGAAAAAGUUCUAUGUUCUCUCCAUGUUCCCGUAUCCAUCUGGACGACUGCACAUGGGCCACGUGCGGGUUUACACCAUCAGCGAUGUCAUCGGCCACUUUCAGAAAAUGAGAGGCUACCAGGUGUUAAACCCAAUGGGCUGGGAUGCUUUUGGGCUUCCGGCUGAGAAUGCAGCCAUUGAACGAGGCCUUGAUCCAGAAGAUUGGACUAAAAGGAACAUCCAGUCUAUGCGGGAGCAGCUGGACAGCCUUGGUCUUUGCUUUAACUGGGAUCGGGAGGUGACCACUUGCCUUCCUGACUACUACAAGUGGACGCAGUAUCUUUUUAUUAAGCUGUUCAAAGCAGGGCUGGCAUAUCAAAAAGAAGCCAUAGUGAACUGGGACCCCGUAGAUCAGACUGUGCUGGCUGAUGAGCAGGUGGAUGAAAACGGUUGCUCUUGGAGGUCUGGUGCUGUGGUGGAGCAGAAGAUGCUUACCCAGUGGUUCAUUAAGACCACAAACUACGGGAAGCCUCUCCUGGACGCCUUGUCUGACCUUCCAGAGUGGUACGGGGUCAAAGCCAUGCAGGCAAACUGGAUUGGAGAAUGUUCCGGUUGCUAUUUUGAUUUCAAACUCAAGGUGAGUGGGAAAGAGACAGGGGAGAUUCUGUCAGCCUACAGCUCCUCUCCAGAAGCGGUGUUUGGUGCAGCGUACCUUGCCAUCCUGCCCUCCCACAGACUCUUGCAUGGGAGCAGUUCAGUCCGCUCUGAGCUAGAGAAAGCUUUCCAGCCAGGCAGAGACUCGCUGACAGUAGUCACCGCUGUCAACCUGUUCACCGGCCUGGAGGUUCCUCUAGUUAUAUCUCACAAGGAGGCCUUUGAUGGAUAUCUAGACACCGUUGUUGGCACACCAGACUCCAGUGACGAGCAUCUGUCUGUGGCAAAGUCGUUAAAAUUAAGGUGGACCAGAGUUCUGCAAAACCAUGAAGAUGGAACACAAACUCUAAUGAACUCUGAUCAGUUCUCUGGACUGACCAGGCAGCAGGCGUUUGACUUCAUUACCCAAAAAGCCAGAGAGCUGAAGGUGGGUGGCCACCUGACAAGUCCAAAACUUAGAGAUUGGCUGAUAUCAAGGCAGCGUUACUGGGGCACGCCCAUUCCUGUGGUGCAUUGUGGGUCCUGUGGUCCAGUUGCUGUCCCUGAGGAGGACUUACCAGUGACCCUGCCAGAGCUGCCGGCUCUCACAGGAAAGGGGGCAUCACCUUUGGCUGCCGCCCAUGAUUGGGUCAGUUGCAAAUGUCCGAGAUGCAAUGGCCCAGCAAAAAGAGAGACUGACACCAUGGACACUUUUGUGGACUCAGCCUGGUAUUACUUUAGAUACACCGACCCACAUAACACCACAAGGCCUUUUGAGCGCCGCCUAGCAGAUCACUGGCUGCCUGUGGACGUGUACAUUGGCGGCAAAGAGCAUGCGGUCAUGCAUUUGUACUACGCUCGCUUCCUCUGUCACUUCUGCAAGGACCAGGGGCUUGUCGCUCACAGGGAGCCUUUUAGGAAGUUGCUCGUCCAGGGUCUGAUCAAGGGCCAGACUUUCCGCCGAGCAGACAGUGGCCAGUACUUAACGAGAGAGGAGAUUGACUUCACAGGAGAAGAGCUAGCGGUGUUGGGAGGUGGUCAAGUGGAAAUGACCUGGGAGAAGAUGAGCAAGUCUAAACACAAUGGUCUGGACCCCCAAGAGGUGGUACAGCGGUACGGCGUGGACACAGUUCGUCUCUACAUCCUCUAUGCCGCACCGCCUGAACAGGACAUCCUCUGGAAUCUUAAAAAGGACGCUCUUCCUGGGGUCUUGCGCUGGCAGUCCAGAAUAUGGCAGCUGGUGACAAAGCUACGAGAGGCUCGACAACUCUGUGACGCGCCUUCUCCAUCCGUGCUGAAGAAGAAGGAGCUGGUAGAGGCAAAAAAGAUCUGGGAAAACAAGAACUUUGCAAUCCAAGAGGUCACUUAUUACUUCACGGAAGACUUCCUGUUCAAUGCGGCCAUUUCUCGUCUCAUGGGCCUCACAAAUACAUUGAGUACUGCAACGGUCAGGGUGGUGCAGCACAGUGUGGAAUUUGAGGAUGCCCUGGCCGCACUAGUUCUGAUGACAGCUCCCAUGGCACCCUUCCUGGCCUCUGAACUUUGGGCAGGUCUUUGUAAGGUGAACAACCCCAUCAGCAGCACUCUCCAGCGGGGAGGAGACGUCCUGUCAGAGUCCUGGCCCACUGUGGAUCCCAAGUACUUGGAGACCCCCGACUUUGUGGACAUUUCUGUGCUGAUUAACAACAAAGCCUGCGGGAGGAUAACGGUGCCUCUGCAGGUGUCCAAGGACUGUGAUGAAGUGGAGAAGCUGGUCAUGGAGAGUCCCCUGGGACAGACAGUCCUCAGAGAGGCAAGCAUCAAGAGAGUCAUCCUCUCUCCAAGGACUGCCCUCAUCAAUUUCCUAGUUGGGGAGUGACCUUUCACCUUUCAACGCCGCUUUGGUAUUGUCUCUUGUAUUUUUGUCUGCGGCAUGUACAGUAGAGUGUCAAUACGCCAGCAUCCAAUAUCAGCAGGAAGUGCGAUCAUAUUUAAUUGUAUGUGAAUUUCCGUGUGUCAGAUCAUGUUUCAUUACGUGUUACUUUUAUUUGGCUGCUCGACGCUCCUUUCAUCUUGUUUUGACAACACAGACCCGAUCAACAGGCACGUUUUAAUAACAACUUAAUAAUCUUCAAAAGUUGCUGAACAAACAUAGUGUGACUUAUACACGCAAGUCAAAAUCAUGAAUAUUAUUCUGUUUUCAAUGUAAAAAAAAAUGUAUUGAGAAUAUCAUAACCUUUAUAAUAACGUGUCUUUCUACUGGGCUGGCUAUCAUUAAAAACAAAACAAAAUCAGGCUAACAAUUUUUUGUUAAAUUUGUAGUUAUAUUUUGAUCAAAUGAACACAAAAAGUUUGUUAAAGAAAAAAAGUUCCACAUACAAACUUUUCAAAGUGUGCACUGCAAAAAGUCAGUGUUCAAAAACAAGAAAAAAAAAUCAAAAUAAAUUAGGGGUAUUUUACUUGAACUACCCGUAAGCAAAAUUAUCUGCCAAUAGAACAAGAACAUUUGGCUUGUCAAGACUUUCCAAAACAAGUAAAAUUAGCUAACCUCAAUGAACCCAAAAAUACCUUAAAAUAAGUAUAUUCUUACAAAUAACAAGUGCGCAUUUCUUGGUAGAAAAAAAAAAUUAGACCUUUUUGCUCAAUAUGUUGAAUUAUAUUCUUAAAUAAGUAAAUGCUAGUGCCAUUAUCUUGACAUAAUGAUAUGCGCUCGGCAUCAUGAUUUUUUUUUUCCAUGAUUGAAAUAAGAAAUUAUUACUUUAAAAAAAAGUAGUUUUAUACUUGUGAGUGUUAAUGACACAGCUUUGCAACAGUUGAUAUUCCAGUUCCAAGCAUGUUUUAUUCAAUAUAGGUCAUAAAAUCUCAGCUACAAGCUGUAAUAUCUUACUGAGAUCAUUUCAGACCAAAACCCUUAAAACAGUGGUUCCCAACCUUGUUGGAGGUACCGAACCCCACCAGUUUCAUAUGCGCAUUCACCGAACCCUUCUUUAGUGAAAAAUAAAAUGUUUUUUUUUUUUCAAAUUCAAGACAAAGUGAUAUGUUUUUGGUAACACUUUAGUUUGGGGAACAUAUUCUAAGUAACAAAGACUUAAUUUAGAGUUAUUUGGUUAGGGUUAGGGUUAGGGCCAGGGUUAGAGGGUUAGGGUUAUAAUAAGGCCAUGCCGAAUAAAGCAUUAAUAAGUACUUAAUAAUGACUAGUUAAGAGCCAAUAUUUUACUAACUUGCAUGUUAAUAAGCAACUAAUUAAUGGUGAAUAUGUUCCCCAUACUAAAGUGUUACCAUGUUUUUUUUACUGGUGGACAAAAUGAACCGUGCAUGAACAUCACCUUGUUCAAACAACAAAACCAACACAGUGCAUAAACUCACAACAAAUUACACAUGCACCUGCAAAUCAGUGUGACUUCUGCUGUUGCCGUAUCCGUAAUACGCCGACAGGGAGAAGUUUUUAUUUACAUGAUGAGUCGGGUGUGUUUUGACCUCCACCGAACCCCUGAGCCCGACUCACCGAACCCCUAGGGUUCGAUCGAACCCAGGUUAAGAACCACUGCCUUAAAACAAGUAAAACACUCUAUAAAAUCUGCUUAGUGAGAAGAAUUAUCUAAUCAGACAGAAAAUAAGCAAAUAUCACCCUUAUUUGAGAUGUUUUAUCCUACUUAGAUUUCAGUUUUUGCAGUGUGAGGUGGGCCUUUAGGGAGUUUCGGGAAGGUGGUAGCAGCUUGAGAAAAAACAAAGAAAGACCUGUUUCAACCUUGCUAACCUAAAUUCAAUUGGGUUUAAGUCCAGUACAGUGAGAGAGUAAACAGUAGUGAUUGGUAAAUGACGCCUGAGUGAGUGUGUGGCCCACUCACUGGCUGUAUUGACACUGCACUGAUACCUUGUUGGUGUUUCAUAAUGGUCAUCUACCGGGUUAAAAAAAAGUAACUACAUUUUAACUGAAAAUAAAAUGUUAGCAAAUAUAAUUAUAUUUUUUUGGUAUUUUUAAACAAAUAGGAAUAUGAAACACCAUAAGAUCAACAUGAUCCCACCAUUUGUCUUUUUUCUUAGUUCCAAUAAAUUGAUGAUGGUGACAAAAACCCAACAUGGCACACCACUUCUCCGACUUUAUUUAGUACGAGUCGAAAGAAAUGUUCUAAUUUACAAUGUAAUUCAGAGUUGUGCAUAUCAUUUUCCUUUCUGGGUGACUAUGCAUUAAAAAAGUAAAUUACAAAAACAAAUAUAUUUUCUAGCUAUUGAUUUUGGAUGACUUUUAUGAAACAACAACAACAACAGUAUCAGUGCAGUGUCAAUACAGCUAAUGACUGUGCCACACACUCACUGAGACAUAUUUUACCCAUCACUAACUACUACAUUUCCAGCUGCUAAUGGGGAAAGUAUUUAUAUUUAACUUUGGUACUGUUGCCUGUCUUCAGUUCUCCAGUCAAACUCGAUUCAAUGAGUCAAGUCACACCACAACAACAAAGUCUGAAAUAGCCUACAGUGCAUUCAAAAUAGAACCCAUGCUUAUGCUGGGUGUUCCUUUUGCCCACAAUGGCGAUAACAUGUUGGGGCUUUAUAUCAUUUAGUGCACAGCCAGGCCCAGGAGUGUAUUCUCCAUGCAGUUUUCAUUCAAGUUAAACUAGCGUGGUCUAGUGGGUGAUAUAAAACCGCAGAACUUGCACAAAUUGUCAUGUCGCGUCACUAAAUAUAAAGUGUGUUUCAUAUGUUGAGAGUUUAUUGUCUUCUAAUGCUUUCACAAAUGUAUCACACUUUCUUACCUUAGCUUAGCUUAUCCGAUUUAUUCAUUCAGUGCACUGGGCUUUGAGGAGUGCGUUGGAUUGAACUCAUGUUUGGCCCAGUGAUGCCUCAUGUUGUAUAGCACUGUGCUGCGCGUGGGGAAGAAUUAAACCCCCCUGGUCAAAGAAGCUGUGAUGACAUGAGAAUGAAAAGAGAUGCAUCCGUCAUUUUUCGAGGGCCACGUGGCCAAACAGAGGUGCAACGAGAGCCAAGGCCGCUGUGAAAUUUCUACCCUGGUUAGUUGUAAAUCAGGUUUUUCUCACUUCUGAAAUAAAAAACAGCGUCAAAUCAGA